UCAGCUUUUGCCUGAGAGUUCUUGAGCGCUCUAAUCACAACCUAGUACCGGGUCCUUAUAGAAAAGUAUUUGCCAUACUGUAGAUAAUCAGAAAUCAUGAAGCUUUUUUUCUUUGCUGUAACCAUACAUUUCCUUCAGAGCGGUGUAAGUGGGAACUGGUGGAUGGAUUAUGAAGAGAGCAUAAAGCACAUCAGUCAGAAAAGCCUCCAUCAGGAGUACCCAAAUAAAGUUCGGCAGUCAGGUUUCCAGCAUCCACCCUUCCAGUGCCCAGACAUGAGCCCUUCUCCCACUGUACCGACGUCAGUGGAAAAGGUGAAAGCAGCUGACAUUAAAGUCAUCGCCGCUUUGGGAGAUUCUCUGACUACAGCCAUUGGUGCAAAUGCGUCUACAGUCUUAGGAGUGCCAAUCGAAUAUCGUCAUGUGUCAUGGAGUAUUGGGGGCCAUGGAACCUACCGUGAUGUUAUCACUCUCGCAAACAUUGUGAAGCUUUUUAACCCGGAUGUGAUUUUUCCAGCGCCUAUAAUGACCUUAAACGAUCACCCUUCGGCGCUCAACGAGACUGGCUUUAAUUUAGCCGUCACGGGUCACAACACGGUGAAUUUUUCUGAACAGGUCAGGCACAUGAUCGACACCUUCAAAACCUACCCAGGGUUAAACUUUAAAGAGGACUGGAAGCUGGUGACCAUUUUAAUUGGCAUGAAUGACAUAUGUGAUCAUUGCAAGGACAAAAAUUUGUUUUCAGCUGACAACUUUAUUAAGUACCUCACAGCCUCCCUGGACAUGAUGAAGAAUGAGGUUCCUCGACUGAUUGUGAACAUGGUGCAGAUUUUUACAAUGAAGCCUUUAAGAGAUGUUCAGAAGCCUUCUUUUGGCUGCAUGCUCCAAAAGAGUUUCUGCUCAUGUUUGGUCAGGCCUGAAGAGAACUCCACUGAACUCGCAGAACUGGUUGAACUAAAUGUGGAAUUCCAGAGGAGACUGGAGGAGUUGCUCGACAGCGAUCGCUAUUUUAAAGAGGAUUUCGCUGUGGUUCUGCAGCCGUAUGCAGGUCACGCCCAGCCACCCAGACUAGCUGAUGGCAACAUUGAUUUUAGUUAUUUCACUCCAGACUGCUUCCAUUUCACCAUAAAGGGUCACGAGGAGCUGGCCAAAGGCCUCUGGAACAACAUGUUUCAACCUCCAGAUAAGAAGGAUUUAAUCGAGACCUUCUCGGAAUCAGUGAAACUCAUCUGUCCAUUAGAGGAGCAUCCUUACAUAUAUACCAGACCCAAAGCUCUGUCUUCUGCAAACCAUCUGCAAGUCAUCUGGACUCUUUUAACCCUUACAGGCCUCAUUACUAUCUACAACAGCAUAUAUUAAGUGCAUGCCUUAUGAUUUAUCCUGUUCAAUACACCCUUGUCAAUUAUUCUUUGUAUGUAUAUAAUACAACCCCGAGGUAUAUCAUACAUCACAGAAGCAGACACUUGAGGCAUGAGUGAAGGAAUUUUUUGGAAAAUGAGUAGAGAUGGGAUAAUCACCAAAGCAUUAAUGAUCUUAUGUUAAAAUGGUUGGAUCAAAGGUUUCCACGGUAAAUAAACUAAGAUUAUUUAAUCACAUACUGUCAUAAAACUUGCUAAACAGCUGUUUUUCAACUUUCUUAAAUAAAAUAAAAAAGUUACUUCA